AUGGCGCCUCACGCGAAACGGCGCAAAUUGACCAGCGCCGUCGAAGAGAUUACGUUCGAUCCCGUUGCAAGGCAUGAGUUCCUCACGGGGUUUCAUAAGCGCAAAAUGCAGCGUAUCCGACAAGCGCAAGAAUACGCACAAAAGAAAGCCCGCGAAGAGAGGAGGCUAGAGCGGAAAAAGGUCCGAGAAGAACGAGCCGCGGAGUACCAGCGGAUCCUCGAGGAGACUCGAAAACGUAUCGAGAAGGACGUGAAUAGCGACACAGAUUCAGGGUCGGCAGAUGAUUCUGGUGAGGACGAGGAGGAAUGGGAGGGAUUCGACGAGCCCCCGCCGGUGGACUACGAAGCAGAGUAUAUCGACGAGGACAAGUAUACGACAGUGACGGUCGAGGAGCUGGAUACCUCCUCGAGGGAAGCACUCUACAAGCCAGAAACCAAUGGCACAGAUGGCGAGAGUAGUGACCAAGAUGAGGACAACACGGGGGCUGUCGAUUCGGUCCCCGAUUCAGGUCGAUCAUCCGCUCAAGAAAAAGGAGUUAAAAAGACAGACAAGCCAAAGAAAAAACGGAAAAAGUUCCGCUACGAAUCCAAAGCCGAGCGUCUCCUCAACCAACAGAAGGAACGUUUGGCGAAGCGGAGAAAGGCCAGAGCACGACGAGAGCGAUAG